AUGUACGGUGAUCAUGCUGCUAAGCUGGUGAAUGAAGCAAAGAGAGCACAAAACCUGGAAUCUCUAGCACUUUUUCAAGAUGAACUAAUAAGAAGCAUUGUUAAGGAAACAAAAGAUUUAGACAGGCAGAAGGACAUGCUGGGUCAAGAUGAGUUCUCAGAUCGUGCUGACCAGGCACAAGUCUUUGUGACACAUCUUUGUAUGCGUCGUAAUAAGCGUUGUUUGCUAGCUUAUGAGAAACUCAGAGCUCAAAGGCUUGACCAACUUGCAUGGGAAAAUACAGAACCAGAAUUGACAAAUCAUAAUGAGAUUGAAUAUUUCAAAGCCUAUUCAGAUAUACUUAUUGAUUAUAAAAGUUCAUUUGCAGAAGUUGACCUUUCUGGAUCGCUGGUACCGCCAAAGGAUGUUUUCAUAGAUGUUAGAGUGAUAAAGGAUGCUGGUGAGAUUCAAACAGAGUAUGGUGUUUUCAAUUUAACUAAAGAUUCACAGUUUUUCGUACGUAAAGCGGAUGUCGAGAGAUUGAUACAACAAGGUUAUCUACAAAAGAUUUGA